AUGGAAGCGCUGGAGUCUCCUCGGGAGCCCUCGCCGGCGACCCACCAUCUAUCGGCACCCGCCAAUCAUUCACAUAAAAAGCGGAAACAUGCUGCCAUGGUUAAUGUGGCCGCCUCCCCAGCGCCUUCCGACCUUGGCGCGACACCCGCGCCCACUACCGAGAACCUAGUGCUGCCCACCCGUCACUUGGACCUGUCUUCACGCCCGCGCCUUGAUAUCUCUCGUCACCCGAUGUUCGUCCCCAUUGCUCCCGGCUCGGAGUACUACAACACUGAGCCGCUAUGCAAUAACCGGCAGAACUACCGCUACACCCCUGCAGGUCUCACACCCCCGGACUCUGCCAUCGCGUUCAGGACGAUUGAGUCGGCGCCUACAUCGUACCGCGUUUCGUGGGAGGACAGGAGUACCUUCGUGAAGGUCACGCAGGAUGGCCUCGGCCUGAAGGGGGAGAAGGGAUUCAGGAGUGCCCGAUGCAACGCGCCCGUGCGCGAAGGGAAGUGGUACAUGGAGAUUAUUGUUGAGAGCGGAGGGGGCGAGAAGCCGCCUGAGAGCCAGAGACGUCAGGGUAGCCACGUCCGUCUAGGAUGGGCGCGGCGGGAGGCUCCUCUGAACGGGCCGGCGGGUUUGGAUGGGUAUAGCUACGCGCUGCGAGACAAGACUGGUGAGAAGGUCCACCUGUCUCGCCUGCGUCCAUACGGCAAGCCUGUCAAGUCAGGCGACGUGGUCGGGAUGUACAUAUCCCUUCCCCCGCACCGCAAGCCUGACAAAAGGGAUUCGUCCGACCCGGCGCAUAUCCGACGCGCGCGUAUUCCCAUAGAGUUCAAGGGCCAAGAGUACUUCGAGUCCUUGGAGUAUUCUCAGUCGAAAGAGAUGAUGGAACUCAUGAACGCUAGGGAGCGCCAGAAGGCGGAAAACACUAACUCUAUGCCGUCUUCGACCAAAAAAUCUGCUACCGUGAAGAACAUCCCAUCUUCUUCGCGAGGUGUCAAAGCCAGCCAACAGGAACCAAAUUCUAUGAGACCCUUACCUACACUCGGACCAGACUCCUACGUUGCGUUCUUUGUCAACGGAGAAUGUCAAGGUAUUGCAUUUCAAGAUAUUUUUGAUUACCUGCCACUACGUUCUAGCCCAAACAAAACGCAGGAGAAGAGCAGAAGGAACAAAGAUGGACUCAGGGAACACAGGGAGAAUCCCUUCGACGACGGGACUUUGGGGUACUAUCCCUUCAUAUCACUGUUCAACGAAGCGACGGUGCGAAUUAACCCUGGCCCUGACUUCCUGUGCCCGCCCCCUCCGGAUAUCGAUGCCGUACUCUCUUCGUCGGAUUGGGCUGGACGCGACAUCAAGCCAUUGUCAUCCGAGAAUGCACAAACAUGGCGCCCCAUUUCCGAGCGCUAUUCCGAGUUCAUAGCAGAACAGCACGCGUUGGACGCAUUCGAAGAGGCUGAAGCGCAGAAAAAUCAUGUGGGCAAUUCUGCAAAGGAGAAGGCCGACACCGAGAAGGCGGAAAAGCAUAGGGAGAAACGCAGGGCGCAAGCUGCUGCUCGGAGAGAGAAGAAAGCGAAGCAAGCGAAAGAGGAAGCUGAGGCUCUCGAGGCCGCGAAACGGAGAAAGCUGGACGAAGAGCGGCUCACUCUGGGCGGCGAGGUGGAGAUCGACCUGCAUGCACCUGACUUCGGGGCCAACGUCUCCUUCCCGGAGAUACACUCCUUACCUGACACUUUCCAUCACUACACCAGCGUCGGCUCUCCGGCGCCGACGGUCGCUUCAAGCGCGGACUUUCAUAUUCCUGGCAUCGUUGUGCGGCAGGGCACCAGCGAGUAUAACUCGGAAUAUGAGGACGCGGACGGAGACAUAGACAUGGAGGCGCAAGUUCCGGAGGCACAGCGAGACGAGGAUGGAGCGUACAGGUCUCGAGAAAAUUCGUAUCCUCCGGAGAGCGAGUGA